ACAGCUGGCAUUACCGGUGCUGUAACGAAUGUUCUCACGCUGAUACCCGCUAUUCUAUUCCAAAUUCGCUUCAUAGAUCCCACGAAUGUCUAUCUUUCAACGUUGGACACACUUGGUUAUCUCACACUAAUGCUCACGACUACGGUCAUUGCCGUUGAUCGAUUUGCAUUCUUUUAUUUUGACAAGGUGCACUCCCGACUUAAAGCUGCUUACUAUCCAUUGUGUUGUUUUGCUGCUUUGCCAUGGAUACUUGCAAUAACAACUACUACGGCUAUGAAUUUGCAUGGCUGCUAUAAAAGAACUGAUCCGUUCGCGCUUGCAUACACAUAUGAUUGCAGGUACACUCCCGACUUAAAGCUGCUUACUAUCCAUUGUGUUGUUUUGCUGCUUUGCCAUGGAUACUUGCAA